AUGGAUUGUCUUCAUUUGGCGAACGAUAUAAUAGUUGCCAGAAAUCUAUUGAUCCCACGUUUGACAGCACUUAAAGACAUUGAUUACGCCUUUUUUGUGGUCAUCUUCGAGGACCUCUUCGGCGAGGAUUUUGCCGACUUCUCCGCAACGGUUCCCAAAUCGAGAUCACAUGAAAUCCAAUUAAUGGCCCGAUUGUUGGCAUUCGUGUCCAAAGAUCUGUUUGCCAUCGAUUUGGAUCACAUCCGCGCCGACGCUAUCGUCGCCCAUAACGUGCUUCCGAUUCACGACUUCUUGGAAAUUAUCGCCACUUUUGUUAAGCAUUUGCCGAAAGAGUUUAAGGAAAACAAUGUUUUUCCGUCGACACCGAAGACAAUGCCUGCGAAACGUUCGCCAAAGAUGUCGACCGAAGACAUUCUGCGUUCAUUAGAUCCGUACAAAUCUGAGUCGUCUUCGAGUCCGAAGUCGUUGUCUUCUUCAGAGUCUAAUGAACCGCUUCGGCGACCAAAAGAGUCGACAACAAGAAGAAGAAGUUUAAGACACGCGAAGUCUUCUUUCGGUUACGACACGAGUAAUCGAAAAGAAGAUUCGAGUAAACAAUCGAUUGCUAUUCAGACAGACAUUGAGAUACCGAUUGGCGUUCAGACCACUAGUACUGCGGUUUCGCCGAAAGCCAUAAAACAUAUCGGUUUACAAACAAGUGGUUUGGAUUCGCCGAAACCGGUGACCGGUUUUGACGAAUACAAGCGAUUGAAAUGCGAAAACUUUGCCACUCUUUUGGGCCAUCGAUUGCACGAAACGCUUCGACUUAAAGAACUGACCGAUAGUAUUGAAUAUAGGGUUAAACAAUACUACGGAGAUGUGACCACUCAAACGCCGCAACGAAUUGUACGCAAAUCUGCGGCCAAAGCCAAGAGUGGCCGCAAAGUAUCGUUUCGCACGAAACGCUCGCCACAAGUGAAACGAAAGACACCCGCGAAGUGUCAAAAUAGUUUGAGGCAAAGCUUUCGGACACAGAAUUUAGACGAUUUAGUGAAAUCGUUUCCAGAGAUUCCCCGAAAUACUGUUCAAUCGCUUCGCAAUCAAGAAAGACAUCAGAAGAAAGUGAUGGAAAAUCUCAAUAAAGACAUUAAAGUUAAUGAACAGAAAGUGAAGUCGCGAUUGAAUGCGGCGAUCGAUACGCAACAGAAACGCUCGCAACUGAUUCGCGAUGAAAUGAAACACUUGGAAACGUUGGCCGAAACCAAGUCAUCGAAAAUGUUGAAAAUCAAAGAGAAUGCAGAGAAACGCGACGAACGGAUAGAGAGGUCGCGAAUGCAUAAAAUGAUGGAUAGGUUUCAAAACGAUAUGAACGCUAAGUAUAAACGAUUGCAAGCAAUGGAAGAGCGGAUUGUUUUGAAGGAAUACGAAGAGAAGGAGAAGCGACGCAAAGACCACAUCAAUGACUUUAGACAACGGAUUAAAGAGAAACAUUCGUUGGAAAUGAAUAAACAGAAGAAACUGUUGGACGCAAUCGAGUCAUUAUAUCAGAAUAAAUACGAAGAACUAAACCAAAGUCUCACUGAAGAAGAGAAACGAUUGAAAAAUGAAAUCUCUUCUCAAUCGCAUUAUUUGCGUUCAAUUAAAAGGGAAUUCAAUGAGAGAUUUCAAAAUGACUUCACGAAUAUAUUCAGUUAA